AUGUGGAGUCGAGGAACCCGCAAGAUUUGGACGAAACCGUUUCGCCAUCAGCGUUGUCACUGUUCUUCGGCGGGAAGCAUAAUCAUGCCGAUUCCGUUCUCGGAUACCAGGAGGGUGGCGUCCCGCUGCCCCCGCCUACAUGAAACCUGCUUCAAUCCUCGCCGGAGAAACCCGACCCAAUGACGGGCUUCGAUUCGAUCGUCUUCUUCUCUUCUACCGUCUUUUCUUCGAUCAAUCAGUGUUCAGUCCGGGUAAUCGGAAAUUUCAAUUGCUCCUCAAAAGGAGCGAUCUUCAGUUCGAAAUGGCUGCGACCGGCCUGCAAGUCUAUUGGCGACCCAAAGAUUUAGGCUUUAUCUCAUUACUUCAAUCCUUCCCUCACCUCUCCUCUUACUUGCAAAACGGCUUCGACUUCUUCCUCUUUUUCUUAUCAUUUUUCGGUUGUGGCCGGAUCCUGUGGUAUAGUUGUGCGUUUCUACCCCAGAGAGUGGUCUUCUGAAGCGGAGAUUUUGGAUUCUAAAUUACCCUCCUUUUGGUCUCACCGAAAUUUCUUUCUUAUCUUCCUAGUCUGUCGAAUCUCUGUGCGUGUGGAUGUUGAGUGCCCUGGUAUGUGUUACCUUAUUUGACUCCGAGAUUUCAUCGAUUUGGCUCGUCUGAAAGGGGGUAUAAUCGAUCGGGAGCUUGGAGAUGUUGACCUGCAAGUCAAAUUAGAGGAUCAAGGUUUGCAAGAUGGACCGCCGUAAUUGGCUAUGGAGGCGAAAGUCGUCAGAAAAGAGCCCUGGAGUGACUGAGAGCUCCGGUUCUGCAUCUUCUGAGAGGCACUCUGGUGAACAGGAGAUACUGGGGACUUCUAUUAGUUCCCCAAAGCAUCCUCAAUCACCAGAUGUUUUCUCAAAGGAUCUUAAUCACGAGGCCUAUGAAACUAUAAAAGCAUUGAAUGACAAACUAUCAGCUUCUCUUUUGAACAUUAGUGCCCGAGAAGAUUUAGUCACGGAGCAUGCCAAAGUUGCGGAAGAAGCAGUUUUAGGUUGGGAAAAUGCAGAAAAGGAAGUUUCAUUUUUAAGGCAGCAGCUUGAAGCUGCAACAAGGAAGAACUCCUUUCUUGAAGAUAAAGCUAUACAUCUUGAAGCUGCCCUCAAGGAGUGUGUUAGGCAGCUUCGGCUGACAAGAGAAGAGCAAGAACAGAAAGUCCAAGAUGCCAUCCUUAAGGAAACCCAGAAAAGGAAAUCUGAAAAAUCAGAACUUGAACUUCACCUCAUUGAGUUGCAAGCUCAGAUGGAUGUUAAAACUGAAAUUUCAAAUUCCAUUAACCUGGACCUUCAAUCAAAAAUUGAAAUUCUCACCAAGGGGAAUUCUUCUCUCAAAGCGGAUCUUGUUACCCUCACUGAGGAUCUCCACAUGAAAACACUAGAGUUGGAGCUAAGCACUAGAACAGCAGAAACAGUUAGCAAACAACAUUUGGAUAGCAUAAAGAAAAUGGCUAAGCUUGAAGCUGAGUGUCAUAAGUUACGAAUUGCAGCAAGGAAAUUGCCAAUAGCUAAUGAGCAUAUUUUCUCUCCUAAUUCACAUUAUGUUGAAUCUGUCACUGAUAGCCAAUCAGAUGCAGGGGAAAGGUUGUUAAGUAUAAAGCAUGAACAAAUUUGUUCUGAUUCAAGGGCACCAACUCUAAGUUUCGAGCUCAGUCAGUUCAGAAAGGGAAAGGAUAGUCCAAGAAAUCUUGAAUCUUCUGUUGAAAUUAGCCUAAUGGAUGAUUUCAUCGAGAUGGAAAGACUUGUUGCAUUACCAGAGAUUGACCAUGGAAAUUCUAGCAUUGAGCAUGAUGCCUGUUCAGAUCUCACUGUCAGUGUAGAUAGCACUUCAAGGAAAGAGCUUGAAGUUGUCAAUCUGCAUGUAUCUGAGUUGGAUAAGAUGAUUGGGAAGAUGAACACAGAAAAAGUUGAAAUGGAAGAAUCUUUAGCUGUAACCAAUAUUCAACUGAAGGAUACAUGCAAGCAAGUGGAAGCAGCUGAAGUUAAGUUGGUAGAGUUGCAAAGGCAGCUCAAUUUGAUUAAUGAUGAAAAGCAUGCUCUUGAGCUAGAACUGGAAGUCAAAGAAGGCAAGAAAAAUGAAAUGGAAGUUCAGCUCGAAUUAGCACAUGCAAAAAAUGUGCAGCUGACAGAGAGAAUAACCAUAUUAGAUAGCAAUUUUGAGGAAGAGAAAAAAUUGUCUGCUAAAUUGAGAGUGAGGUGCCAAAAUAUUGAGGCUACAGAAGCUAAGAGGAAGGAAAUGGAACUUCAGCUUGGCUCAGCAGUUGGUGAAAUUGCCGAGUUAAAGGGAAAGAUUAGAUUGUUAGGACAGGUUGAAGGAGGGAAAAUGAUGUCCACAGAACUAGCAUCUAGGUGUUGGAAAAUAGAUCAAUUGGAACAUAAUAAAGAAUUGGAAAGUCGGCUUGAGUUUGCAAAGUUGAAAAUUGGUGAGCAAUAUGAUAAGGCUAAUAUAACAGAUAGGAAACCAAAGGAGGAUAAGCCAUUUUCGGAGGGACUUUUUUUUGAGUGCCAAAAUGUGGAAGUAAUAAUUGCAAAGAAUAAAGAACUCAAAUGUCAACUCUGUUCCCAAAAAAUAGAAGUAAACCUGUUACGUGAAAAGGUGAAUGUGCUGGAAGCGAUUGCUGAGAAGGAGAGGGUGCUUGCCUCAGAAAUUUCAGCUGAUCUUGAAGCCGCAAAGGUGAAGAGAAAUGAAUUGGUUCUGCAACUUGAAUCAGCACAUAUGGAAAUCAAGAAUCUCCAAGAGAAGUUUGGCUCCUUAGAAAAACAAUUUGAAGAGGAGAAGUUAAUAUCUGCAGAUUUUGCAGAAAAAUACCACAAGUUGGAGAAUGGAAUGUCUAGCAAGCAGCAAUCAUUUGGAUUACAUUCAACUGCAAUCUCAAAUAGAAAGCUGAUAGUUGGACAGGAGAAAGAGAUUGUGUUGGCUGCUGCAAAGCUAGUGCAGUGCCAAAAGACCUUAGCUUCUCUGAAUCAACAAUUGAAGUUGAUGUCAAAUUUUGAUGUUUUGAUGCUUGAAAUAAAUGAGCCGGGGCACUGCUGGAGCUAAAUUGGAUUAUAUUGAGGAAUCUAAGGCACUGGGUUCUAGCUUCUCACCCCAUAUUUCUUGGUCUCCGCCUAGCAGCUCCCGAAAGCUGUCAAGAUUCUCAGCUAGGCAUCCAGAAUUUCCAUGUUCAUCUAGAAAAGAUAAUGUCACAGAAUCUUAGUAAAACCAUAUACUGUUAAUAAAAGAAACCAAAUUUGUAAAGUAUAUGUCAACCACCUAAGUAAAGUUGCUUACAUUUUGAAAGUUGCUUGCCUACUUUCACAAAAUCUUGUGAAGCAGCAAAUAUUGAAAAUGUUCAAAUAUUUCUUAUUGAUGCAGUUUGAAUCAAUGUAGCCAUAGGCACAGAGGUAUCUGAUUCCUAUCUCUAGAUCUGUGGAGUUGAUUGAAUCAGUAAAAAAUAAA